UUGUCGCUCUCAUACAGUCGUUUCAGUUUCAAAUCAACCAUUAAACUGUGCACGCUUAGCAUUUUUUUGUGUUCGUAGAAUUUUUCAAAAAGCAUACACGAAACGAAUUAUUAAGAGCAUUUUCACCGUAGUACAAACUAAGUCACUAAAAUGGGAUCACCAAACCGGUUGAGAUCAUGUUGUGGAUGUGCUAGCUUAAAAGCUGGUACUAUUAUUGCAGGCACAUUAGGAAUUCUUCUGUCGAUUGCCACCAUUGCUAUAGUUGUCUAUGCAAAACUUGAUUAUAAGACAAUUAUUUUCGAUGAUAUUAUUCCAAAAUAUAUUAUUAAAAUUAUUUUAAUCGUCAAUUUGUGCAUGACAAUCAUUCUAUCAUCAUUACUGAUCAUCGGAGCAUUAAUCAAAAAUCAAUAUCUCUUUUUACCAUGGAUCAUUUUGGGUAUUAUGCUGUGUAUUGGUCUCUUAGUUGAUGUCAUUUACACGGCAGUUGUAGCUUUUCUUGACAAUAAAGUUGAAGCUGGUAUUUAUUGGCUUGUUUUUGGAUUACUUGCAGUUGUCAUUUACUUCUACAUGUGGGCAGUCGUAUUAUCACACUUUUUGCAACUCAAGGAACAAAACGAUCGGGGUCGAUACAGCAGAACACCAUAUAGAAGAUAGACACAAACUGAGUGAAAAUAAAAUGUAAUAACUUUUUUACUUAACAAUUUCUCACUUUAAAAGUAAGAGAUUAAAAUCAGGAACUUAAGC